CAAUUAUACCAACAUACAGAAAUAAUAUCAGCUGACCACUGUCACUGUCAAAAUUCAGGAAAGUAAACACUAUCUCACACUGAUGAUUUGUUUUCAAUUCCUCCGAAGGGCCGGUCGUUAAAAUGUGUAACGACAUGGACAACUUAUUCAAACCCAUUAUCAUGGUGACAGGGUUCGGCCCGUUCGCUAACCACCCAGUGAACGCGAGCUGGGAAGCGGUCAAGCUCAUUAACAAAGAGGAAAUCGAAAGGAAACACAACUGCGAGCUUGUACUCAUCGAAAUCCCUGUUACUUAUGAAAAUGUUGACGAGUUUGUGCCUGCCUUGUGGGAAACACACAGUCCUAAAUUCAUGAUGCAUGUUGGAGUAUCUGGUGUCGCCAACUGCUUCACAAUAGAAAUGCAAGCCCACAAGAAAGGCUACCAGCGUAUGGACUACUUUGACAAAUGUCCUGCUGACCACGUCUGCCCGGCAGAGGGUGCCAUCAGAAUCCACACAAAGCUCAAUGUGGAGGGAUUGUGCAAAGAGUUCAAUGAUAGCAUUUCACCUGAGGAGAAAACAAGUGCUGUGUGCUCUAAAGAUGCUGGGAGAUAUCUGUGCGAGUACAUCUAUUAUACCUCUUUAAGCGUGGACAACAAAAGAACUCUGUUCGUGCACGUCCCUGACAUCAACGUGUACCCCUCGGAGCAGACCGCACGAGGCCUCGAGAGAAUCCUCGACAUCUGUCUAGACCAGAUAAACCAAGCCGAACAAACGAAAGAAGUCACAGAGAAGCUAAAGGAAACCAAUUUAAACGAUGGACACGAUAGUAAUAAAAUUUAGGUGAUAAAUAAGCUUAGGCGGCCGUAUAGUUGCUAGGCAUGCUGAAAAGCUUUGGCAUUAGAUUCUUGGCAUGAAGUGUCGCCUUUUAUUGUGGUUUUGAAAGCUGUACAACCCUUCUAGAAUGUGGUAAACAACACGACACGAACGGCUUUGUCGUUUGAUUGUGACUGGCGUGUCUCACACGUUAGUUUCGUGUUAAACGACACGACCGUUCUUGUCAUCCGAUUGUGAUAGGUCGAAAGAACAACACGUGACUCACGUGUCCAAUUCUUGACCAAUCGUAAUGAAACGAUCGGAUACACGUGCCAUGUUUUAUUCCACAUUCUAAAGGGGUUGAGCACGAGGAACAAAUUGUAUAUUUCAAGCAAUCUACAUACGUAUGUACUUAUUGCAUUUACAAUAUAAAUUGUAGACUGUAAUCAAACUUUUUACCUCAGUAUAUCUAUACCAUUUACGGUUUUAUGCCGCGAGAGCAGGAACGUACUAUGUGAAGAUUUAGUUUAAUAUGACUGCCAAGGAAAAUUGUUGAGUAGUCACAAAGUGUAUACAAUUUCAGUAAGAUAUAAUUAUACUUACUUAUAACCCAUUUCAGGCGCAGUUGAUAGACGUCGCCAACAAUUCAAGCGACUUGCUCAUAAUAUUAGUUAUUUUAAAUAUCAAAAACAUUCAAAGGAAUAAAAUAAUCUUAUUAGAAGGACGCCAUACGUACAUAAUUUAAAAAAAUGGUUUCAUAGCCUCACUAAAAAUGAUAAAAAUCUUAAUAUAUACUAAUCUUGUCUUGCGGCAAUUUAGUAUAAUUGUAUUUUGGGCAGUUGGGACCCCCAGUUAAAUGAGUUUCUAAUAUCAAAUACGCAAUUUUUACUGUUAAUUUUGACCUAUAACUACAGUUUUGAAGAAGGAAUAAAAUAUGUUAUUUUAGUU